AUUUUUUUGUGGAGAAAAGUAAAUUUCUACGAAAUUUUUAUUGAAAUUCAAUGGAAAAUGCCGUCAUUUUGUGCUGUAUCGAGUUGUGAGCUGAAAUAUUCACAUUCAGAGAAUGUUUCAUUCCACAAAUAUCCACUGAAGAAUCCAAAGGUUCUGGCUAAAUGGAUUCAAUUCACAAAUCGCGGUUCAUCAUGGAUGCCCUCGCGUUGGAAUUCAAUUUGCAGUCGUCAUUUUCAGAGCUCCUGCUUCAGAGAAUAUCUAUCGCGAAAGUGUUUGAAAAAAGAAGCCAUUCCGACAAUAUUGCCGGAAAAAAGUAACAUAUCAUAUGAGACCUAUCACAUUUCGAGUGAUUCGCCAGACGAAACACGAACAGUUCAAUCGGAACACGAUGAGUACGGAGUGUCAGGCGGGACAUUUGAUGACAGUAAGGCUGCAUCGGAUGCCAUUGAGUUGUGUCGAUUGUGCGGAGACCGUGCCGAUAAUCUAACUUGUAAUCCAUUGCGGUCGCUGGAAGAUCCAUCGAUCAUUUUGAUGUGUCAAAAAUGUUUGCCUUCACUAAACACUUAUAGCUUUGCAGAUCAGUCACGAACGAUUUGUACCGAUUGUGUGGCUCAAUUGAAGCAAUGUUCAGAGUUUAUCGAUAAAGUUCUAUCGUACCAAAGGGACUUGAGUGAAAACAUUGACAAUAACACAGUCGCUGAGAAAAAUAGUCGAAUCGAUGGCAAUCGAAUAAAUAGCGGUAUAAAAUCAUCAACACCAAUACUAUUUAUCAAACAAGAGCCGAUCAAUGUGAAACAGGAAAAUGUCGAAAGUUCAAGUAGACGACCGUACACAGUACAAGUUCCAAAUGUUUCACCCACAUUGUGUCCAAAUCCAUUUGCUGAAUCGAAUAAGAUAAAAGGUGUUGUGCAACAGGAGGAUAUUAGUAUGCCGAAAUCCGAGUUCAAUUCGACAUAUUGUCAAGAAUGUGAUCGGAUUUUUGUGAAUAACCAUGAAUUUCGGUCGCAUGAAUGCUUGAGUGUGGACCAUAGCACUGAUCGUGAUCGAGAACAAGGAAAUAAUUGCGAAAUUAUGGAAGUAAUCACAUUGAACAAUCCAAUCAGUUUUAUUGACUUGGCAGAAGAUGAAAAUGCAACAAACAUUGAACUGAGAAAACCAAAGCCGGAAGGAAACUUUGAUGAUCGAGAACGACUUGAAUUUGAGCAUGCGUACGCAAAACGAGCCACAAACACAUCGUGCAAUUUAAAACAAGAAAUUAUUGACUCAUAUAAUGAGACGUCACAAAAUGGAUACGAUUACAACGACUAUGACGAGAAUCAUGGCGCGUAUUUUGAAGCAAAUGUGAACAUUUUUGAAUGCAUAAAAUGCAAUCAAUCAUUUGUGUCACAGCAAUUGCUCGACGAGCACACAGUCAAAUUACAUCCAUUGAAACAUAAAAUCUGUACGAUUUGUAGUGCUGAAUUUAAGUCGAGCUAUGACUAUUUGAUUCACAAGAGAAAAGUACACACACGAUUCUAUCAGUGCAAACAAUGCAAACACAAAUUUCACACGCAAUCGGCGCUACGGUUUCAUGAACGACUUUGUACGUGUGAAUCGAAAGAUUUUUGCUUUUCAUGCAGGCAUUGUGGCAAGAGCCAAUCCAAUCUUGCGGUUAUGAAGAAACAUCUGACCAAUUGCACGGGUAAACAAUCGGAAUUAUUGCAUGAUCAACAGCAGCAGCAACAAGCUAAGAAAGAGCCGUAUACGGACCAAAAACAUGAGUGCUCUGAACGGGGUUUAUCGUGGCAAAAGAGUCUUGUUCACAAAGACCCCAGGAAUGCCAACGAAACAUCUGAAAUAGCAGAAAACGCAGAUAUUCAAACUGAUCUGAUUGAUGUACAACCGAUUGUACUCAACAUUGGCGGCAGCGAUGAUUCUGCGCUAAAACAAAGCUUUAAAUUCAUCAUAGAUGACAAUAAAUUUAUAUUUCUAAAUGAUACCAAACUAGCACCAUCCAAUGACAAUCAGAAGAGUUCUCUAAAUGGCAAAUUUGCAUGCGAUACAUGUGGCCUACCGUUUGGGUCAUUUAUUGAAUUGCGACAACAUAAAGCGGAGCAUGAUUCGGAACGCAAAUUCAACUGCUCUUUGUGCCCAAAAACAUUUAAAGGGAUAUCGGGUCUAAAGCAACACAUUAGCGGAUAUCACUAUAAAAUCAAACCAUUCUCAUGUCCGGUCUGUGGACACGAAUAUGCUCUAAAGGGUGAUAUGCAACGAUGUCGCCAUUCAAGGCUUAAGAAUCAAAAUUCCUUCAAAAUUAUACAAAACAGCAUUGAUUAAAUGAUUUCAUUUCAAUAACGGGUACAAUUUUUAUUGAUUUUGCAAAUACAAAACAGCAUUUGAUGGGAACAAUUUUUCACUUAUUU